AUGGGGUGGGUAUGUGUAGAGAGGAGCAUAAAUCGACUCCGUUCCUCCCUGGGUCUCCUCUCUAGAUUGAAUGGUCGCCUCGUGCACUUCAAAGCUGGGGUUCACCGCGGCGGUGCUACGGAUCUCUUCGGGCUUCCGCGACGGCCUAGAUCUUAUGGGUGCAUCCGCUAUGCCGUUGAGGCUGUAAACCCUCCAAAUCUGAGCGAUCGUGACGCAACACUCACAUUGUCGUCCAAUCCACGAUUUCACCAACCAUUCUUAGAGGUGCCUCGACACACCCCGAAAGCGUUUGACGAAGCCCACGACUCUUACGACCCAUCAACGUUAACGACCUUUGCGCGGCAACGCCAGCCCACUGUUGAACGACCUUCUACUUCAGCCGAUCACCAAUUGAGACCCCCGAGUUCUUCUGGCUCUCAGCGUCCCUUACGUCGUAUCCCUCGCCAGACGGAGGUCCGCCAAUCCCUCCACCGUCGAGAAUCUUUACGUGCCCCGGUUCCACACCCGAAUCGACCCCAGCCGGCGCGUACAACCCCGGUCUCUGUGCAACACGCCCCAGUCAGUGGCAACGCAGAGCUACGUCCGGCCCUUUCCGAAGCGGCGACCGACGACAACGGGUCUACAAUCGACGACCCGUACCAGCUCCUCAACACAUCUUACUGGCCGCAGCGAACCACCCGAGUCUCGUCGCGCACCGCGUCAGCAAUCCUUUUCGCCCUCGAGGAAGCUAUCCGUGGACCGCUGCAGCUCUCCACUGACUGGGACGAGGUGAAUGCUUCUAUGUCAGACAUGGUAGGCGUCGCUGGUCCCGCUGGACCUGCAGGCAAUAGCCGAGUUCAAAAUGGUGGAGCCCGUGUGCCCCAGAAUCCCAUCUCAGGGACAUCGCAGCCACCCAGUGGUAUGAGGACACCUACGGAUAUAAUGAGACAGCGCCGGGAUCGGGAAGCUCGCCGCAAAGCGGAACACGAGGCCCGAGAGAGGGAACAGGAAGAACUGGAACGACAACAACUGGAGCAAGAACAGCUGGCUCAAGCCGAGGCCCAGGCCCAGGCCCAAGCUCAACAGUACGCUGGCGUUGCCGCCGACAAUACCUCCCAAUCAAGAAUUAGAGUCCCCCGACCAUCAAGGGGCCCCGAAGGACAGGCCCCGACCGUGCCCGUCACUUCAUCCGACCGCACCACUGACUGCUACGACGGGCAAAUGCCUAACCAGUCACGGCCGGCACAAGCAACUGGGCAGCAGCCUCAGCACGGCCGCUCGCAGAGUGCGGCAGAAAAUGGAGGUCAGCCCAAACCCAGUGCCUUCUCCAAAUCCGCCCAGGCCCUACCCGCAGGACAGCCUGGUGCUCCCCAAGCUCUUCAGCAGCCGAAGCGAGUUGGGUUUCCGCAUGCAUUUGAGCGAUGGGAAACGCUGUCUUCACACUGGGAGGGUCUCACCAGCUAUUGGAUGCGCAAGCUCGAACAAAACAAUGAGGAUCUAGAGCGUGAUCCACUCAGCCAGCAAUUGGCUCGACAGAUUACAGACUUGUCUGCCGCUGGUGCCAAUCUAUUCCAUGCGGUGGUGGAACUGCAACGUCUGCGAGCCUCCUCCGAACGCAAGUUCCAGCGCUGGUUCUUCGACACCCGUGCUGAGCAGGAACGCUCCAAGGAAGUGCAGGCGGACCUCAACCGCCAGCUGAAAGAAGAACGCCAAGGCCGAGCCGAUGCCUUUUCUGCCGCCCAGGAAGCUGAAAAAGACAAAGUCAAGGCUGAGGGGUUGCUGAAGGAGAUGCGCCGCGAACUCCAGAUCUCCAAGGAGGAGGCACGCCGUGCCUGGGAGGAGCUUGGCCGUCGUGAACAAGAAGAGCGAGACCGAACCAACUCCCUGCGCAACGGAGAGCCCACGCUUGUUGGGGGUGUUCAGGUUGUGCCUAUGGUUUCUGGGCUCCCUAGUCGUCAUAACACCACUCGCCCACAGACCCGCGACGGCGCAUACCCGGGCGGACAAUCGGCCACAGCCAUGGGCACCGACGCAUACGGCAAGUCUGCAGGGAGCACAGGCGGACAAUACUACGAAGACGGCACGCCGAUGUCUCCCACCGGAUCGGACCCUUUCAUCGAGCCCAAAAAGGUUGACCCACCUACCUCAAAAGCCCCUUACCCGGGUCCACUGUAUGAACACGAGAACCCAACUGUUCCAUACCCAGGCCCGGCAACCUCAGAACCCGACGCGCGUUCCUACGUCGGCAGCAGCGAAGCAGGCGACGAGGAAUAUGCCCACUACUCCCACGACCCGCACGGCAACUCUUUAAGCUACCCACCUGGCUCUCCUUCAGAGGGAAGCGAGGAGUAUGACCACUCCUUGCCAGAGGGUCACUACAUGCCGGACGGCGCGUAUACCUCUGCCGCCAGUACCAUCCCUCCGCCUGCGCCGGCCUCCGCUGCGGACUAUACCGGCGCCGGCUGGGGCCCUGGCACUGGGUGGGAGUCCGUGACACCGCGCCAUCGUCACCCCACGCGUCUGAGCGAUGUUCUUGAGGAAGACGAGCCUAGUCGCACGAAUCCGAGCCGUGCUACAAGUCGUAGCCAGGCCAGCCGGAGUAUACUUUAA